CUUGAUAUUUGACCAGGAACUAUUUUUCCAGGUAUAUAACGUUAGAUGUUUUGUUCCCCACCGGAAUGAAAAGAGAACGGAACCCUCCAGUUCCGGUUUGUGACGUCAUUUUUCUAUGCAUGCAGCAGUAACCAGACUAGAAGUGUAACCUGCCCGCUACGACAACAUGGGUAUCCUGGAGAAGAUAGGAGAGAUAGAGAGAGAGAUCUCUCGAACACAGAAAAACAAAGCCACAGAGUACCAUCUGGGCCUGCUGAAGGCUAAGCUAGCUAAGUACCACGCCCAGCUGCUGGAACCGUCCCAGAUUUCCGCAGGAGCCAAAGGAGAGUUCGAUGUCAUGAAAUGAGACGCACGUGUUGCACUGAUUGGCUUCCCCUCUGUCGGAAAGUCCUCAUAUGUUAACCUCAUGUCCUGUACCACACCACACCAUACUUCCUAUGAGUUCACCACCCUGACCUGUAUCCCUGGAGUUAUAGAGUAUAAUGGAGCCAACAUCCAGCUGCUGGAUCUGCCAGGAAUCAUAGAAGGAGCUUCCCAAGGUAAGGGUCGAGGUCGGCAGGUCAUUGCUGUUGCCAGGACAGCAGACGUGGUCAUCAUGAUGCUGGACGCCACCAAGGGAGAGUACAGAGGUUAGUACUAGGGAGACGUACAGAGGAAACUCCUGGAGAAGGAGUUGGAGUCCGUCGGCAUCAGACUCAACCGCUCUAAACCCAACAUCUACUUUAAGCCCAAGAAAGGAGGGGGUUUGUCCUAUAACUCCAUGGUUCCUCUGACGAUGUGUUCUGAGAAACUGGUCCAGCUUAUCCUCCACGAAUACAAAAUCUUCAAUGCGGAGGUUCUGUUCCGAGAAGACAGCACUCCUGAUGACUUCAUCGACGUCAUUGUUGGGAACCGAGUUUACAUGCCCUGUUUAUACGUGUAUAACAAGGUGGAUCAGAUCUCUAUAGAGGAGGUGGACAGACUGGCCCACGAACCCCACAGCGUUGUCAUCAGCUGUGGGAUGAAGCUGAACCUGGACUUCCUGUUAGAGAGGCUGUGGGAAUACCUGGCGCUCAUCUGUCUUUACACAAAGAAGAGAGGAGAGAGGCCUGACUUCAGCGACGCCAUCAUCAUGAGGAGAGGAGCGUCUGUAGAACAUGUGUGUCAUCGGAUCCACAGAACGUUAGCCAGCCAGUUCAAGUACGCCCUGGUCUGGGGCACCAGCACCAAGUUCGACCCCCAGCGGGUGGGGCUGACACACAUCAUGGAGCACGAGGACGUCAUCCAGAUUGUUAAGAAGUGAAACAGCUCUUCGGGAUAGGACCGAUGACGGGCUGGGGGUGGGUGGGACGAGUUAGUAAAACAUGCCUUCUGAUUGGACGGAAUACAAGAUGGGUGGGAGGAGUUAAAAACAGGAAGUUGAUUUAUCCAGAACCAGUGGUACAGUAGAUUCUAAAGUCCUGAUUUUUAUUUUGCAUUUAGAACAAACAACAAAAAUAACCAAUCAAGAACCAGAUGCCAUCUGGGUUACAAGAGGACAGGAAGCAACAUAUUUUAACUUAGUUGACAUUUAAACGCAUCCAGAAUGACAAGGGAAACUAAAUAAAUAAAAUAAAUAAAUGGA